GUUAAUACGAGCGCCAUACUAGCGCUGGUCCUAUAUCCAAUUUACUCCGGGUAGCGUCCAUUUACCCCUCCGGCGGCAAAAAUGCUGAUUGGGAUCAUCAUAACGCCAUACUGCAGACAUUUUCCCAAGAUAGUAUUCCCGUGCGUUGAUGUUGAAACUAACCCCUCCAACCAUACUCCAAACAGGGAAUAUUGCCUUGACUGCAUUGCAGCUGCAUGUACCGCGGAUAAGCCUCGGAGCAACUAAAAUGGAACGGUGCCAGGCAUGCUCCGUACACAGACCAUGCUUUGUCGUUGAUGUGACGGCCCUAAUCCCUGAUAGCAUGGGGCUGUGAACAUGCAUGUAAGCAUCUGGCUCUGGAGUGUACAUCAGAUGUUGACAGCUGCAUGGUCAUUAUUACUCCCAUCCGGAACCAGGGCGCCCGACUUGUCUUCCAUCCUUCUCAUUUUCAAUGGCAGGGGCUCUUGUGUAUAGAUACACUAUACAUUUCUUCUCCAUCGGUAGCGAGUGUUAAGAGCACCUUGGUGACAUCAUGCCUGGCACGCCAAUACCGAGAGAACAAAUCUCGCCCCACUAUCUAGAAGAAAAUAUCUCUGGUCGGCUCAUCGCAGCAUCGUCGAUUAUCUUGAUAGUUACAACCAUACUGUUGGCCCUUCGUCUGUAUGUCCGCAGUCUGCCGAAUGUGAAAACUGGCUUGGAAGAUAUCCUGUUGCUUCCUGCGUAUCUCCUUUCGGUAGCGUCCUGUAUUUGCGGUUAUCUUGCGGUCACCCACGGUGGCGCCGGUCGCCAUGUCAAGGCACUGGUGCUGGAAGACCCAAAUAUCAUAAUUGUACGAGGGAAACUGCUCUACUCGCUCAGCUGGGUCACGGCAUACUCAAACUGCUUCUCGCGACUGUCGGUCUUGGUAUUGCUCUAUACGAUAUUUACGCCAGGUGUUGCUCGAAAAUGCACCGUUCUCCUGAUGGUCUAUAUGGUCCUCUUCCUGAUCUCGCAAACAAUUGCCGGUGCCAUGGAAUGCCGGCCACUCGCAUACUUCUGGGAUCGCACCGGUGAUGGAACAUGUAUCAACCUCUUCUUGUUCUUUAAGCUGAGUGGGAUUCUUAAUAUAGUUGGUGAUGUUGCCAUCAUGGUGCUCCCCGCGCACACAGUGUGGAACCUACAGGCAUCAAUAGCCAAGAGAGUGGCUAUUUCACUUGUCUUUCUCUCUGGUAGCAUAGGCUUGAUUGCGUCCUGCUUCCGAACCGCCUCUUUCUUCACGUCGCAAGAACACUCAACGCAAGAUCCUACAUGGACGGAUGUUGAAUUGAUGAGCUGGACAAUUGUUGAAAGCGGCAUGUAUAUGGCCGCUGCGUGCACUAUGCGCCUGCGCCCACUAUUGAGAAAGCUACCUGGGUGGUUUAAACAAUUCAAGACCACACAUGAAAGUGGUGUGACAGUCGAGAGGACUUUCACCAUAGAAGAUGGGAAAGGGUAUGAGAUGAACUACUACGCGAAGCAAGGCCAUAUCCCGCUCAGGUCGUUUGACAGAGAUCUAAAUCGGGCGAGCCUGCUCCAAAGCCCUAAACCGUCCGGAAGUAAAUAGACGGAUGCUUUCUAUAGAAAUAUGUGCGAUGUAUAUAUAUGCCUAUCGUCUUUUGUUGUGAGUAUUAAUCCUUGCUGGGAUUGCGGGAGCAGUCGCACUCCUGGGAUGCGACGCAACGCAUGAAUAAUGAACAAACAGUAAAUCACAAAAGUAUGUGUACAGUUGCAGCUCCGGAAUGAUUCGGAAGGAAUUUGUAACUUUGAUUUAUUACCAUUGCAUUGGUUUUCCAACAGGGUCCACUAGAAUGAGCAUAUAAAGACAAAGGCACUUCCC